AUGGCACCCUCAAACGUACUACAACCCGACUCCGAAACAUCUUCAAUCGUCGACACCACUAUGACAGAUGGCAAUGACUAUGUGCAGCCACGAAGACCUUCUUUUGGUCACCUCAACCGUUAUGUCGACGACACCCCCGAUUAUACUGAUUCCGAUACCAACCCAAACACGACCGCCAGCAGUGUGGCCGGAGACGCCCCGUAUGCUGACGGCCGGAAGAAGAGAUCAGAGGCUUUGCUGCUGCGGAAGAGCAUCCUAGGGAAGAAGCAUGGCCAACUGGACGAGUCUAAAGAAGACGAUACCAUACGAAGAUUCAAGUAUCUGCUCGGUUUGACGGACUUGUUCCGCCAUUUCAUCACGACCAAUCCCAACCCGAAGAUAAGGGAGGUCAUGGAAGAAAUCGAUCGUCAGAAUAUUGAGGAGGAAGAUAAAGCCAAGAAAGCCGUAUCCCGGAAGGGAGGGGCGGCCGCGAUCGGUAAGAGAAAAACGGAACAAGAGGAAGACGCAGAGCUGUUACGGGACGAGAAGCGUGGCACUGCGUCGCAGACCGUUUUCCGUGAGUCGCCGGCAUUCGUCAAGGGUGGUGAAAUGCGUGACUAUCAAGUUGCGGGUCUGAACUGGCUGAUCUCGCUACACGAGAAUGGCAUUUCCGGCAUUCUCGCAGAUGAGAUGGGUCUCGGCAAGACCCUCCAGACCAUCUCCUUCUUGGGAUAUCUCAGACACAUCUGUGAUAUCAAAGGACCACACCUGGUCGCUGUCCCUAAAUCGACUCUGGACAACUGGGCCAGAGAGUUCAAGAAAUGGACCCCGGACGUCGAUGUUCUUGUCCUCCAGGGGGCCAAAGAUGAUCGUCAUGCCCUCAUCAACGAUCGACUUGUGGACGAAAAGUUUGACGUCUGUAUCACAAGCUACGAGAUGAUCUUGAGGGAGAAGUCCCACCUGAAGAAAUUUGCUUGGGAGUACAUCAUCAUCGACGAAGCCCAUCGCAUCAAGAAUGAAGAAUCCUCGCUCGCUCAAAUAAUCCGAAUGUUUAGCUCUCGGAAUCGACUUCUGAUUACCGGUACCCCAUUGCAGAACAAUUUGCACGAACUGUGGGCUCUCCUGAAUUUUCUCCUUCCGGACGUCUUCGGAGACUCGGAAGCAUUCGACUCCUGGUUUUCCAGCCAAAGCGAAGAUCAAGACACGGUCGUCCAGCAACUCCAUCGCGUUCUGCAACCCUUCUUACUCCGAAGAGUGAAGAGCGAUGUCGAGAAAAGUUUGCUACCCAAGCAGGAACUCAACCUGUAUGUUGGUAUGUCGGAGAUGCAAGUUCGCUGGUACAGGAAGAUCCUGGAAAAAGACAUCGACGCCGUCAACGGCGCCGGAGGGAAGCGAGAAUCCAAAACGAGACUACUCAACAUCGUCAUGCAGCUUCGCAAGUGUUGCAAUCACCCCUAUCUGUUCGAAGGCGCUGAACCAGGACCUCCAUACACCACUGAUGAACACUUGAUCUACAAUUCCGGGAAGAUGAUCAUCCUUGACAAGAUUCUGAACCGCAUGAAGGAAGAAGGCAGCCGUGUCCUCAUCUUCUCACAAAUGAGCAGAGUUCUAGAUAUUUUGGAAGAUUACUGCGUUUUCCGCGGCCACCAGUACUGUCGCAUCGAUGGCGGUACGGCUCAUGAAGACCGCAUUGCUGCCAUUGACGACUACAACAAACCUGGAUCGGAGAAAUUUGUGUUUCUUCUCACCACCCGUGCGGGAGGCUUGGGCAUCAACUUGACCUCCGCCAACAUUGUCAUUCUCUACGACAGUGACUGGAAUCCACAAGCGGAUCUGCAAGCAAUGGAUCGAGCACAUCGCAUUGGCCAGACCAAGCAAGUCAAGGUGUUCCGUUUCGUCACCGAAAAUGCCAUCGAGGAAAAGGUCCUGGAAAGAGCCGCGCAGAAGUUGCGAUUGGAUCAGCUUGUGAUCCAACAAGGCCGAGCCCAGCAACAAGCGAAGCAAGCAGCUUCGAAAGACGAGCUGUUGAACAUGAUCCAACACGGCGCCGAGAAGGUCUUUGAGACCAAAGGGACGGUCGGCGAUCUGGACGACAUCGAUGCAAUUUUGCGACGCGGUGAGGCACGAACUGCCGAGCUAAAUGCCAAAUACGAAAAACUGGGCAUUGAUGACCUCCAGAAAUUUUCGUCUGAGAACGCGUAUGAGUGGAAUGGCCAAGAUUUCGCCCAGCGCAAGAAGGACGUCGGUCUAAGCUGGAUCAACCCAUCCAAGCGCGAACGAAAAGAACAGUCGUAUUCCAUGGACAAAUAUUACAAACAAGCAUUGUCCACGGGAGGACGACCAGCGGAUACUAAGCCAAAAAUUCCGCGGGCACCGAAGCAGGUCAAUAUCCACGAUUGGCAGUUCUUCCCUCCUGAUCUUCAGGAGUUGCAGGAGAAGGAGACAGCCUAUUACCACAAGGAGAUCGGCUACAAAGUCCCUUUGGCGGAAGGCACUGAAGAAGAUUUGAGUGACCGGGAGGCCGAUCAACGCUUGGGUCAGGAUGAAAUCGACAAUGCUGAGCCUCUGACCGAGGAAGAGAAGCUACGCAAGGCCGAAAUGCAGCAACAUGGAUUUGGCAAUUGGAACCGCCGAGACUUCCAACAGUUCAUCAACGGGUCGGCCAAGUUUGGACGUACCAACUACGAAGGCAUCGCGACCGAAGUGGAUAGCAAGGAACCUCACGAGAUUGAAGAAUAUGCCAAGGUCUUCUGGAAGAGAUACACCGAGAUCGCCGAAUAUGACAAGCACAUCAAGACGAUUGAGGCUGGUGAAGAGAAGCUUCGCAAGACCAACCUGCAACGAAAGAUGCUUCGGAAGAAGAUGGAGACGUACCGUGUCCCGCUACAGCAACUAAAGAUCAACUACACUGUGUCUACGACGAACAAGAAGGUAUACACUGAGGAAGAAGACCGCUUCCUGCUGGUUAUGCUGGACAAGCAUGGUGUGGAUGGAGAAGGCUUGUAUGAAAAAAUUCGGGAUGAAAUACGAGAGAGUCCUCUAUUCCGGUUCGACUGGUUCUUCCUCAGCAGAACACCAGUAGAAAUUGGAAGAAGAUGCACAACCUUGCUGAAUACUGUCUUGCGAGAGUUUGGCGAUCCGGAAGAAAAGCUCACCAACGGUCAUGGGUCAGGCAAAGGACGCGGACGGGAUCGAGAUGAGGAGGAAGACGAUGAGAAUGAUAGUGAGACGGCGCCAGCCAAGAAGAAGGCCAAAAACGGCAUUGUGAAUAAGCAAGUGAAGGCUGUUAAGUCCGGCCGAGGCAGCAAAACCACUUCUCCAGCAACUUCUCGAGCUCAAAGUGUCUCAUCCGCGACGGCGCCACGGUCCAAGGGAAGAAAGAAAUGA